AUGUGUUUAAAGAACAAUAUGGCGGCCGUGGCAAAGUUUUCGCCGCCCGUAUGAGAAAUUAGCAUUCAUCAAGUUUGAGCAGUUUACGGUAAACGUUAAUCGUCCGAUAAUCUUAUUUGAAUUACAUAGCUAAGACCGCGGGUGAAAAUUCGUUGGUGUCGUAGCACGUCGAGACAGCCCAAUGCAGGUCGCGCGCAAUUCUUGUAACUCAAAUCAUGACUUCGAUGCUAUCCAGCUUUAACCCGCCUAUCGUUAAGCGAUUGUUGGGUUGGAAAAAAGCGGAAGGAGAAGACAAAUGGAGUGAGAAAGCUGUUAAAAGUCUAGUUAAGAAGUUAAAAAAGUCCACCGGCCUCGACGAACUCGAGAAGGCUAUUACUACGCAAAGUUGCAACACCAAGUGCAUUACUAUACCGAGGCCUAGCCCAGGCGGUGUCGGCGACAACGGUGUUCAAGGUGUACGCGGCAAAGGUUUACCGCACGUGAUCUACUGCCGACUUUGGCGCUGGCCAGAUCUGCAAUCGCACCACGAGCUAAGGGCAAUCGAGCAUUGCGAGUACGCGUUCACGCAGAAACGGGACGAAGUUUGCAUCAACCCGUACCACUAUCAACGAAUACAAACACCAGUUUUGCCAGCCAUUCUCGUACCACGGCACAACUUAGCUGGGGACGAGUCCGUCCUGUACAACACUUCUAUCGAGGAGCUCAGUGUCAGCGUGCCAGAGAACACAAACUUUCACGCGACCUUAAAUCAUCAGCACCACAAUCAACAGAGUAUACCGCAAUCUCCACAGCAGCAGCAGCAGCAACAACAACAACAGCAACAACCACCGAAUAAUCCGUAUCAAGGAAUACAGAGUAUGCAGGCGACGAGUCCGGCUAGCGUUGGGAGUUUAGGAAGCGUUCAGGGUUCACCCCAUCCGGCUCCUGGAUCCAUGGAUCCUCCUGCCGAUACCCCUCCUCCGGGAUAUAUAAGCGAAGAUGGUGACAACAUGGAUCAUAACGACAACAUGUCUUUAUCACGCUUGUCUCCCAGUCCCGUCGACGCACAACCAGUUAUGUAUUGCGAGCCGGCAUUUUGGUGUUCGAUAAGUUACUACGAAUUGAAUACGAGAGUAGGCGAGACGUUUCACGCGUCGCAACCGAGCAUAACGGUGGAUGGAUUCACCGAUCCUAGUAACUCCGAACGUUUCUGUUUGGGCUUAUUGUCGAACGUCAAUCGUAACACCGUUGUUGAACAAACGAGACGACAUAUCGGGAAAGGAGCUAGAUUAUACUACAUCGGUGGUGAGGUGUUCGCCGAAUGCUUAUCCGAUUCGAGCAUAUUUGUGCAAAGUCCUAAUUGUAAUCAACGUUACGGCUGGCACCCUGCCACUGUUUGUAAAAUACCACCCGGUUGUAAUUUGAAGAUCUUCAAUAACCAAGAAUUUGCCGCAUUGUUGUCGCAAUCAGUUUCGCAAGGAUUCGAAGCAGUGUACCAGUUGACUCGAAUGUGUACGAUCAGAAUGAGUUUCGUAAAGGGUUGGGGAGCAGCGUACCGUCGUCAAACUGUAACGUCAACUCCUUGUUGGAUCGAAUUGCAUUUAAAUGGUCCGUUACAGUGGCUCGACAGAGUGCUCACGCAGAUGGGAUCGCCGCGUUUACCCUGUUCCUCGAUGUCGUAAGGUUUUAUCUUUCUCUCCUUCAUGGAUUUGGAAAACAAGAACUGACUCGUGCGCUGUCAUCGUCGUCGGCGUUGUGCAAAUUAGUUUUUCUUAUCGCCGAUUGAUUGUUUUUAUCCAAAUUCUUUCCAACGGAUCACGGCGAUGAACGGUGCAAAAAGGAAAAGAUACUAUUACGAUUUUUACAAAGCGUGUACGUGUCUCCUGAUUUGAAAAGUGCAUGGAGUACGAGAUCGACUUCGGUGUUCGGUGUGCCAGAAGAACGUUCGAUUGGACGAAUGAAAAUAAAACUGACGAUGGUUAGCUGUGAGAACACUUGAGUGCUCAAAUCGCUAUGUUUCAUUCUACGAAAAGAAGGAAAGGACGAUGUGCGGGCAAAAAAGUGCGUAUGAAACCAGUUGGCGCGCAAUUAUCACCAGUACAGAAAAUCAGUUUUCUAAUAAACUGAGACAUUACAAUCGAGAAUACUAAAUAACAAAAUAAGUAGAUAUUAUUCACUCAUUGCACUAACGUGUGGGUAUAGUGCUUUACGAUCCAGGGUUACGAAUCCGAUUUUAACUGAAUUAAUAGGGCGAAAACAAGCGCGAUUCUAUGUGUGCAUGUGUGUAUAUACGCAUACAUAUGCACGUACGUCCGUAUCCAUAUACAUAUGUAGGUGCAUAUGUAUAUCUAUAUCAUGUCAAAAGAAAAGCUCAGUCUUUACAUAUUUUUAUCGCUUGUUAAGUCAACGCACUUCAGUCGUACAGUAUACGUCAGCCCUUACAAGGGUAAAUACAUAAUAUGUACAUUCACACAGUUUAUAGUCUGGUGAGAAGAAUUUCUAUAGAACGGGUGUAAAUUUGUAUACCCAUUGAAAAGUUUCUAACAGCACUGGUCUAUUCGGAAUCUUUGUCAGUGUUUUUCCUACGAAUAAAGCGUUAAAAAAGACACCUAAAGUCUAUUUCUCUUAUACGAUAACGAUACGGAAUGAUUACAGUGUUCAAUAUGUACAUAACUAUUUACACGUUUCGUUAACGUUACUACAUCCUCGGAUGGACAAGAAUAUUCAAAUAUUCUCACAAUGGAUCGCAUCAGGACGGACAGUUAUGUUUCUACGUAUUCGAAGGUUUUACGAACGGUUAGUCAGUUUAGAGGAAUUAUUCGUAACGCGAACAACGUUUUAACACACAUUUUUGGCUCGAAAUUGAAAAUGUUAUUAUUGUAUAUUAAGAUGUCACCUUGAAUAAUUGAUAUUCUUAUCGAGAAUAAGCGCAAUAUUUACGUUGAUAGAAGUAUUGAGCGCAUGAAGUCUGUGGUAGACAGAAAUAUUUACUUGAUAUCGUAUGGAGAAUCAGAAGAUUAUAUACGUAUAUUUACUAUCGAGCGUCUAAAACUUUAUGCGCCACAUAGCAGACGUUAAAGUGCACAUUUUGGUGUUCAGUGUAGCGAACCACUUGUUAGUUGAAAAUCAUUGCAGAAAUGUUUGGUUCAUUGUAUAUGAUCGUGAAUGAUACUUCUUCUUUUUUUUAAUGACGGAAAUGAUAUUUUCUUAUGAAAAAAAGGCCUGAAUUGCAUUGGCUGCAACUAAUGACGCGAGUCUUUAUAAGCGCCUUGUUUAUAAGCGCGGGCAUCAAAAUUUGGUAGCCUACAAGCCGCUCGGGACCAUCCAGUUUGAGCAGCCGCAGAUUUUUGUCACACAUCGUGCUGCUUCGAUGCGUCGUUAUACAGAUACCUCUCCGCCUAUAGUUUGCACACUCUCGUCUUACGGAGCAGCAACUUGAGCAUAAUACGAGGCGAGAUCUUUUGCGCGAGAGAAAUUCUUUUCAAACAUAUGCGCACAUCCGUUGCUAGCGUCACUCUGAUCGCAUAUAGAUCUUGCUCAUCCACAAUACCUAGCGAAAACAGUGUCUUUAGUCAGUUAAUAUAUGUAGAUGCACGAUCUUCUGAAAUUUUACAAGGUAUGAUUAGAAAGUUCGGCGAUUUUGUCCAUAAAUAUUUUAUUGUUAAUCGUUGAAAUAAUUCCCAUUGGAAUCUUCUCUUCCAGUUUUUAAAAGUCAUCUGAUAUAUUAAAACUGGAAUUGAAUUUAAUUUAUUCGUUAAUUUGUCAAUGAUUUCUUCCUCCUGCUUAAGGUAGGGCAAAAGGAAAAAGUUUGUUGAAGACAAGUUGAGCGGAAAUAAAUUUUGGACCAAAUGUUCUUAGAUAAGAAGUGUUGUAUGUAGCCUUACAUUGUCAUAAUGUAACAGCCGUGCUUUUCUAUGCACAGUUAUGUUGAGAAGAUCUUGUACAAUUUCUUUUUAGUUUCUCUUUUGUCCCGCUGAUUAACACCACAUCGCUGUAUUCCAAUUAAUUUAGUACGAACCGUUUUUGAGUUGUUUUAUUGUGAUUCAUUGAUCUUUUUUGGACGAAUCAAAUCCCCGAACUUCUUGAUCACACCUUGUAUAUGAUGUUAAUGAACAUACAUAGGAAAAGCGCAUACAGUUUUCGAGCGAUACAAAAAGCGAUGGAAUGAAAAUUUGUAAGCAUAAGAAAACCUUAUCAUGAAGAAAGAAUGCAAGAAAAUAAUGGUCUGGCCUUGAAUGUGAGAUACUUUUAGAUAUAUUGAUCAUAUUUGUUUGUAUACUAUUUUAAAUUUAUUUAUUUACAAAUUGUUUUAGAAACGUGUAUAUUAAAAAAUUUCUAUUUUAUUGGAGAUUUUAUAGAAUAUUUCAUAUUCGAGACUAUCAGAACCGAAAAGGGAAUACAAUUUUUGAAAUCUUCGACGUCUUUCACGUAGAACAUAUGAACAAAAUGAAAUAACGAAGUUACGUAUUUUAUUGUAUUACGAGAUAUAUAUUAAUAUCCAUGUACGGAUAGUUUUUGCGCUAAGUGCAUGGAUUCAGUUAUCAUUUUCUUCUUUUUUUAAGGAAUAAAUUUGUAAAGAUAAUCUAUAUACGACUUCUAUGGAGUCUUUAUGUACGAUGGGGGCCAAUUGUACGCACAGAAAUGAGAUCUCAAUAAGAAUGUGAAAUCUUAUGAGGAAUCGGUUCCUUUUUAUAUAUUUUUUGCCAGUGCCGUUACUUUUGAAGUAGCGGACAGCUGGUUUAAUUAUUAAUUUCUAUAAAAUAUAAAAGUGUAUAAAUUAUAUCAAGUAAAGGGAAACAGUCGUUUCGACGAAGAAGGAUUAUGCGCUAAGCUUUUAAUCACUUUUAUGAAAAGGCGAGUGAUUCUUGAUCCAUUAUAAAUAAUGUUUUUCAUGAAUUGAUCAACGUCUGUUGUUCGUAUUGUGCAGCUGAUAAUUUUUUAAUAUCCCAUGUCUCUUUUCUAACAAUUUUUUUUUAUUUUUUUUUACUGUUUACAGACCGACCUUUUGCACAUCGUUAGAUUAAGGGAUACGAACGUGACGACGACGAUUCAUGAAUUUAUCAAUUAGAAAUUUUUACCGAAUCAAUACCAUGUUCCAACGAUCGUGUUACUUUACCAAACCAUUAGAAGAAUAUCGAAGGGAGGACGAGUUUAGGCAAUAGCUAUGAAAAAAGAUAGUUCAAAAAAAGCAAGCUUUUAAGCGAUAUAGUUUUAUUGAUUCUUAGAUAGUGUUAUAAUUGUAUAACGACACGUAUACGUUGGUUUCUCUUUUAUGAGGAUAUUUCCUGCUUCUAAUAAACAUGCAUAUCUGAUGCUUCAUUCGUGAGGAAAAAUCGAUACUAUCGUAAAAAGUUAUUACAUGUCACAAAAAAAUCGUAUACCUUGUGAAAGUUGAACACGAUAUCGUCGGGCAGCUCGAAUAAUCGAAUAGUUAUAGAAAUAAGAAACAGUUGUUUACUGGUACAAAAUACAAAUCUCCUUGAACUUGUGCUAAUUGGUACUGUCUCGCAUAAGAAAAAAUUUGAAUUACUUAACGAUUACUUGCCUCUUUGCCAAACUGCCAUUACUGUACUAAUUAAGAAAACAUAAACAGAGGAACCGAAGAACUCUUGCCUUUCUUCGUUGUCCUCGAUCUCCUAUUCGUUCGUUUUACGUUAGCAUAAGAUCAAAAUGAAUCUACACUUUAUGACGAAAAGAUAGCACACCUGUGAAUACUGUAAUUUCUUACAUGUACAUAUAAAUGCAAUACAAUAUAAAUUAAAAAUGUGUAUUUAAGCGAAAUGAGCUCAAAUACAUUAUAUGUAUGUAUUAUAUUCGUUUUUUCCUCCUAUUUAAAAGGCAAUCAUUUUUCAUUAACUUUUUAUGCUACGUAAUAAAUAAAGUAAUAAAUAAUAAACAAUUAUAUGUGUAUGUAUAUAUAUAUAUAUAUAUAUAAUUACAAUUGAAAUGAAUUAAUUCACUACGUCCAAAUUGAAGAAACCAGGCGUGCUAUCUUUCUGUCGCAGACUAUAUGAGGCGAACAAAGAGACAGACCACUGAAUGCGUUUAAUUCGCCAAAGUAUACUAAGUAUAGCAAUUGCCAAAGUUUCUUUUGUAAAUAUAAGAAUGUCGAACCAAUUAAUUACAGUAAUCGCGAUUUAAACGCGCACAAAUUGUUGAAUUAUUUGCGCUAUCGCUUUUUUUAUCACAAAUUUCCAAUUGUUACCAUUGUUAAUCGCGUCUCAUUGUUAUGUUUUUUUUUCUUUUUUAAUUCUAAGUAUAUUUAGUGUCUUGACCUGCCGAACAAUCGAGCGGUCCGACGAUUUUAUGAAUUUUUAAUUUUAUGGUUGGUUAUAUAUUUUGUGUGUUAAUACCCACGUGCACACAAAGGGAAGGAUCGACUAACGUAUGACUUUUACAAAUCAGAUAUUUUUUUACAUAUUAGAAAGAUGUGACAUUUUUUUGUGUGCGAUGUAUUUAAUAACGAUUAUUAUUGUCGAUGUUUUCCUGGUGUGCAUGGGAAUCUUUUAUGAGACUAUAAGAUAAAAUUGUGAGCUCGAAAUAACGAGUGCGGGAGUAUAGAUGAGACAAGAAAUGUCGAGUGUGAGAUUGUAUGAUAAUUAUAAAUAAAUGUACACAUUAAGUCUAA